AUGGACACUGCUAUUACAUCUGAAGAUUUGGAAUUUGAUCGUAGCCACAUUUGGCACCCUUACAGCUCUCUUACCAACCCUUUGAAAGUAUACCCGGUAUCGAGAGCUGAUGGCGUCUAUCUUCACUUACAAGACGGUCGCGAAAUUGUUGACGGUAUGGCAAGUUGGUGGUGUGUGCAACACGGAUAUAAUAACGCCAGACUCAACGAAGCCGCAAUCAAGCAACUCAAUUCCGUCUCUCACGUCAUGUUUGGAGGAAUUGUACACAAGCCUGAUAUUGAUUUAUGCAAGAAACUAGUACAGAUGCUCCCCGAAUCACUGGAAUGUGUUGUUUUGGCCGAUUCAGGCUCCAUCGCGAUCGAUGUAGGCAUGAAAAUGGCUCUUCAAUAUUUCAACGCCACAAAUCGGCCUUCCAAGAAUAAGUUUCUGACCAUUGAAAAAGGAUUUCACGGCGAUGCGUUUGGCGCGCUAUCUGUUUGCGACCCCAACAACUCAAUGCACUCAUUAUACGGUGGAUUCGUGCCUCAGAAUGUUUUCUGCAAGGCCCCAGAAGUUUACUUCCACAAUAGCGAUCCAAAUGUGGAGCAAUUGGUGGAAGAAUUAGACGUUGCUCCGUUCGCGAAGCUUGUAAGAGAAAAUCACCAGUCACUAGCCGGCGUCGUCAUGGAAUCAAUUGUUCAAGGCGCAGGAGGACUGCGUAUCUACCACCCACAUUUUUUGAAAAGGGUUCGAGAACUAUGUGACGAGUAUGACAUUCUUCUUAUCUUGGAUGAAAUAGCUACUGGGCUGGGCAGAACUGGCAAACUAUUCGCGUUCGAGCACGCCAAUAUUGUCCCAGAUAUUAUCUGUUUGGGUAAAGCACUCACUGGAGGUUAUUUGACGCUUUCGGCUACUGUCAGUACUAGAGAAGUGAGCGAGGGUAUCUGCAGAGGUCUAGCUGGGAGAUUAAUGCACGGUCAAACCUACAUGGGUAAUCCAUUAGCUUGUGCAGUGGCAAACGAAAAUAUGGCAAUCUUGAUAGAGGGAGAGUGGAAAGACCAAGUUCGCCGCAUUGAGCAACAAUUAUUUGACGAGCUUGCUCCUCUUGCAGAGCAUCCUAAUGUUGCAGAGGUGAGAAUUUUGGGUGCUAUUGGAAUUGUUGAAGUGAACAAGUUCCCGGUCAGAGUUGAAGAACUACAAAGACGGUUUGUUGAGGCAGGAGCUUGGAUAAGACCUUUUAACAAGUGGAUUUAUAUUUAUCCAAUUUUCACCACUACUUUAGAAGAACUAAGAGUGCUUAUCGAAGCCAUCGCCUCAGUAUUAGAUGAUCUUUAG